GAAAAACAGUCAAGGCAGCGCUGCAAAGCAAAGCAAACCAUAUAGUUUUUUAUACCGCCGACAGUCGGACGUCGAGUCGAAUCGCAAAAAAAAGUAAACGGAUCGCAACCGGAAGGAAAUUAUCAUCUAAUAAGUUGGUGGCAUUGCGGUUAAGCCAUAAAGAAAAGGGCUUCGAUUUACGCGCCCUGUGCAUGAGAUCGUUAAGCGAAUUAAAACCGAAUGAUAGCCGAGAGAGUUGGAGAAUAUCUUAACCAUCCCAUCAAAAUUGCGUGUUUCAAAUCAAAAUUGCAUAAUCUGCGAAAGAAGCCGGCAACGAGUUUUCAGAGCCAAACCAAAAAGAUCGCGAUUACAGGCCCCGGGUGGAUAUCUUUCGCGUAAUCGCAGUAGCUCCGUCGCUUCCUUUGACUUGGCCACGUUCUAUAGCCGGAUCUUAUCGCUCCUUGGCCAUCUGCAGUUGCAGUUGGCAGUAGUUGCUGCCGUUGCAGUAAGUCGCGCGUGCGUUCGCCUUUUGGCCCGCCUCGUAAUUAAUUACAAACGCAGUCGCGAGACCCUCUGCCCCCUUCUUUACCCUGGCCGGCAACAAAAUACUGAGGAAAAACUGUAGAAGAAUCAACAACAACGAUCCUGCCUAUUUACGCGCCCAAAUCUUGAUUCCUUGGACUAGCUUUCUGAGCACUCUUGCGUGCUCUGUUGUCGCCGGUUCUUGCCUGUGAAAUCGACGACAUCUGAUUGCCUUUUUAUAGCCGCUUUUGCGAAAACUUCAAUCAACUGAAAAUACAAUCAAAGUAAAUUGGCCAAGACUGAUUCGAUCGUUAAAAACAAGAAACACAGUGAAAAUCAAUCAAGUUAACCGCAGCUAAACCGUGAACAAAGCAUAAAAAAUGUGUCAAUUUAAAUUAAAUUAACCGAAAAAAGUGAUCGCUCAACAAACAAAUGGAGUCUCGGUUAAAUCGUUUGUGUUUAAGUUUUUUGUUUUCGAAAUAUUUUGUUUUAUUUUCAAACCGAUCAACGUGCAACGCGCUAAACCACAAAAAUGUUGCUGACAAUGCGGCGUCAAAAUGAACUGAUUGUAGGUAGCCAACAGCAUUCGUCAGCCACUGCACCAGAAACAGCUUCCACUUCAGCAGCAACUGUGGCAAGUCCGCCUGGACAAAAUCUUAGUUUGCUGCCUUCAACAGCAGCUAGUUCUACGGAAACAGCUUCACAGGAUUCUCUGAAUACACCCACAACGCCUCUACUAGGACUCAGUCGCAAUCCUCUGCAAUUUGCUCCACCACCGGCACCACCACCCAUUGCCGUUGCCAGUAGCACAGCUUCGGGACCUGCUUUUGGUUAUUAUCAGACGGGUAGUGCUGCUGCACCACCACUACAUCAUCAUCCUCAUCCGGCGGCAACCACUGAGGCUGCCGCUCAACAACCUCCCGUGGAACUAGAUGAAUACGUAGAUAUAUUGCAAGUUCAGCAACUGCUAUUGGACUCAUCGGCAGCAGCAGCAGCGGCAGCUAAUAAUCCUCCACCGACUACAGAACAAUCCAUUCAACAGCCACAACAACAGCAAAGUACAGCGGUGGUGCAACCACAACAGCAGCAGCAACAGCAACAAAUUCUUGCCAAGCCGCGACCGCGAAUCAAUCUGCAAAAGGCCACGGAAUAUGCCGCUCAAUUAGCUCAGGGUAAGCACUCAAAAGCCAUCCAUUCUUUAACAUCCCAGAUCAGCCAUCAUUACUCCAAUAUAUUUGACCCCCCUGUAGCCGAGUCCUCAUCGCCCGGCUCGCGUCGUGUUCUGCUCGAUUACCCGAGUCCCUAUUUGUACGGCAAUCCCUAUCACCACCAUACGCCGCCAAGCGAGGACCUAGUUGCCCUCUGGUUCGGCAGCAAUGGCACAGGUGAGUGAUCAACUCAUGGGACAGCUUUGGAACACUAAUAUGGGUCUUUACUUAACUAUGUUUUGUAGUUGUGGAAGAAAUAAGGUCAUCGAAGAAGGGUUUAUGUAAGG